CCUUCUGCCGCCUUCGCAUCUGCGCCGCCGGGCUGCCUUUCCCAGCCUCGCCACUGUAAAGAAGUCCAAAACCCGUUUUUGAAUAUGCAAGGCUCAGAACCCGCGGGCAAGGUCUGAAGCUAAAGACUUAGGCGUACAAAAACCUACCACUCAGCACGCCGAAGGAAUGGAGACUGUUAGACGAGCGCAGGGGUGUUGGACCUGCAAACGACGUAAGAUCGGAUGUGACCGCGGCUAUCCAGCCUGUAACAACUGCCUUCGCACCGGGAGAGAAUGUCUAGGCUACGGCAUCCGGCUCGCGUGGCCAGAUCAGCCUGACGGUAGACGCAGACUGACUCGACUUCCGGAUCACACGAUCUACCACCACAAAAUUGAUCCCGACUAUUACGGAAAACAGUUCCUGAACGUGACUUACUCGGAUUUAGCUCUUUCCAGGAAAGGCAUAUCGCCUAUUUGCCUAUCGAUCAUCCGCGCUCAGCCGCGACCGGGACGAAGCCUACCUUUAUUCCCAAAUCUUCACGAGCGGGAGUCUCACCUUAUUAGCUACUACCAGAAUAAGUUAUCUCAAAUGAUAUCCACAAUUGACAUCAACAAUGGAUUCCGCGACGAUCUGUUGCCAAUGGCGCUCUCAAACAUCGGCAAUGCCUCCAACGGCCUUCGGAAUGCCAUGCUUGCUGUAUCCGCUUUUCACCUCUGGGGUUCGGAAGAAGCGCUCUCCUACAAAGCUGAUGCCCUUCGAUCCUUAUCUUCUUCCCUGUCGAGCGAGUCUAUUGGCAUAACUGAGACGCAGCUGGCUACGUCGAUGAUGCUCUGUGUUUACAAUGUCUUCGACGAGACAGAAGGCAAUUGGAACCUGCACCUCCGCGGUGCCCAAACCAUACUACAAAAGCUCGCCAGUAUUCACGGCGGGCGGCUACAGUACGGUUUCUUAUAUACCUGGUUUCUUUACCACGAGAUUCUGGGUGGUUUCAGCCAGCCACUCCAGUACGGGAGAUGCCCGGCGUCUCUGGAACUCUUACAUGACACGAACUUUGAUAAAUCAUUGAUCAUAGGAUCGCUCGGAUGCUCUGUUGAGGUUAUGGAAAUUAUUAGCUACGUGAAUAAUCUUCGUGCCGUCGAGCUUUGGGGAGGGUCUCUAGAGUAUGACCCGGAAGAACGUGCUCGAAAGGCGGACGAAUGGCGCAAGAUUGAGAGUCGAAUAGCGAACCUAACGCAGGAUCUUGACCCCAUCCACGCGAGUCACAUACCACCGAUAGAAAGGAGUCGGAUCAAAACGACUGCCGAGCUUUAUAGAAUCGCGGCCUUUCUCUACUUACAAAGAACAGGUGACUGCACACACAACCAAGAGCUCAGAUCAAUGUAUCUAGAGUUAGCAUUUGAUUCCUUGAAACGGCUUGACGUCUGCACGAGUCCGUGGCCGCUUUUUGUCAUUGCUUGCGAAACCGAAGACGACCAGCAGAGGAUAAUGAUCCUCCAGACGCUCGAUAAAAUGGAUAACGAAAGACACAUCGGGAAUGUGUUCGUUCUCCGUGAUAUAAUUGAGUCAUACUGGAAACAACAGGAUCUUCAGGCCGAUAGCGGCCGAACCUCUAAUACUAAGUGGUGGAACGUUGUUAAAUUAGAUAUCGCCGCGCCUUGGUGUAUCUGAAAAAGGACAUCGUCAUCAGUCACGGUCUACCAUAUAGUUGUCACACCAUCAUCGUCGCCGUCGUCAUGAUCAUUAUUAUCAUUAUCGCGACUACUGCCAUAGCCUCCUAUAAUC